AUGCUUCACUCCCUUCUCAGGCGCCAUUUGCGGGUGCUGCGUUUGCUGGAGGUGACGCCAGGGAGUUCCUCGCGUUCAACGGGCCCUUUCCCCACGUCGCCGUCCUCCGGGGAUCUAGCCUCCAAGUCCACGCUCAGAUUCCCUCCCCAGCUCCGAUGGCUGAGCGGCAUUCCGCCUGCUGGGGACGGCGUGGCCGUCCUGUCCGUGGCGAGGACCCCGAUGGGCAGGUUUCAGGGCGGCCUGGCGGAAUUCUCGGCGCCGGCGCUAGGCGGGAUCGCCAUCAGGGAGGCGCUGGCGCGAGGCGGCGUGCGGCCGGAGGAGGUGGAGGAGGUGUUCAUGGGCAACGUGCUUGCGGCGGGCGUGGGUCAGGCGCCGGGUCGCCAGGCCGCGCUGGGAGCUGGCCUGCCUGUGAGCGCGCCCUGUACUACCGUGAACAAGGUGUGCGCGUCGGGCCUUAAGGCCGUUAUGCUCGGCUUCGCCAGCAUCAAGGCCGGCGUGGCGAGCGUCGUGGUGGCGGGCGGCAUGGAGAGCAUGUCCAACGUCCCCUACUACCUGCCCGGCGCGCGGGACGCCCUCCGGAUGGGCCACCGCACCCUCGUCGAUUCUCUGCCGCCGAAAGCCGCGACGACGCCCAAGCCCCUCCUGAGGGAUUCCCUCUUCGACACGCUGCCGGACAACCGGCGAACCCUGGUGGACGGCAUGAUUCAAGACGGCCUUUGGGACCCGCACAAUGACGUCCACAUGGGCGCGUGCGCGGAGGCCUGCGCCGAGAGGUAUGGGAUUUCCAGGGAGCAGCAGGACGACAUGGCGAUUUCCAGCUUCCGGCGGGCGCUUGAGGCUCGGGAAGAUUCCAUGUGGGAGAUCACGCCCGUGGAACGCCCCGGCACCGGAGAGGGUAGUGUCGUCGAUGCGGAUGAGGGGUUGGGCACCCUGGACGAGGUCAAGCUGAGGCGCCUGAAGCCCGCUUUUGCUGAGGGCGGCACCAUCACGGCCGGCAACGCGUCGCAGAUCUCCGACGGCGCGGCGGCAGUGGUGCUGGCGUCUCAAUCCAGGGCCGAGGAGAUGGGUGCGGCGGUGCUCGCCCGCGUCUUGAGCGUGGCGGACGCGGCCCAGGAGCCCAAGUGGUUCACGACGACCCCCGCGCUGGCCGUGGCGAAAGUCGUCGAGCGGGGCGGGCUCACAAUGGCCGACGUUGAUUACUUUGAGAUCAACGAGGCGUUCGCGGUUGUGGAGCUGGUGAACAGGGGCAUCCUGGGACUGGACUCGGAGCGGACCUUCCGGGGGGCGCAUGGCCGUGAACUUAUGCGGAGGAGGGGCGGCAGGUUCGGAGUUGCGGCGAUCUGUAACGGCGGGGGUGGCGCGUCGGCUGUGCUUGUGGAGAGGGUGGAGACGGCGGGGGGUUGA